AAGGGGUGUCCGUGAUUAAAUGUCGCAGCCAGGUCAGAGCACACCACCCAGCCCCAAUUUGAGCGAGGGUUACCCGGUGGUCAGCCUCACCCUGGUGGUCCUGCUGCUCAUCCCGGCUGUAAUCGUGCUGCUCCUGCUCAACUGCCUCUUCCUGGGCUACAAACUGUUCCUCCUCUCCAAAGCGAGGCCGCGGCCGCCUCGCCGGAAGGACGCGAAGGACUUCCUGUUUCUGGAGUCCGUGUUGCCUCGGAGGACACCUGACACGGAGGGCUUCUCCACGCGGAGGCCGUACAUGUCGCUGUCCGAGCCCGUCCUGCCGCAGCCGCCGGUCACUUCCUCCAGGGCGUCUUCGUCCGAUAGGCAGCACGAGAUCUGGCCGCUGAGGCCGGGAUCCGGUUCCUUGAGGGCGCCCAGCAGCAUCCGGGCGGCGAGACCCAGCAUGGGCGAGUGGCGUCACAGCGCGCCGGUGUUGCCUCAGUCCAGCGAAUCAGAGGCCGACAACCUCGUACCGCCCAACUCUCCCACGAGCGUUUACAAGGAAGUGGAACACAUGGCCGGCAUCCAUCAGAGUAGCACCUACAGGAUGCUGACUGAGCUGAGCCCGGGUGCUGUACACCGGUUGGACCAAGCACACAUGGAAUGCCGGUCUUACCUCCACCCACCCUCGGAGGGCUCCUGUCCCAACACACUGAUGGCUUGCUCGGGACUGGACAGCGACUUUGGUGCCAGUGCAGGCGUCUCCCUGCGGAUUUUGUCAGAGGACAGCGACGGCUUGUCCAACGGCGUGCUGGCGUCAGCGUUGGAGUGGGACUAUUACGACUAUUACGUCAAGCAGAACAACGUGCACAAACACAAACACCACCGGCCGGCCAUGCACACCAAACAGUACUGGGUGUAAAUUGUCUUAUCUAUGCUUUUGUGUCUAUUUAUAGCUUAUUUAUUUUGAUCCUAUUUAAUGAGGUGGAAAUUUCAUACUUUCUCACUUAUCACUUUUUGCACGUAUGCUUUUGGUUGCACUCUUAAAAUGAUGAUUACUUCACUCUAGUGUCCACGUUUCACACGAAUAGUCACAAUCUCUCACAAUUGCACAGUUUUAACAGACAAUUUGAUUCAUUAAUAAAAGCUGAUUUUUAAAAUUGUUUUACUUCUAAAUAUGUACUGUGAAUUGAGAUGUUAUUUGUUCCAUCACUUGUUGAAAAUGUAUCUGUUAUCUAAAAGGACAAUUAAGAUAACGUGCUUGUCA